AGCAAGCAAGAGCAAGGAAAGAUAGAACGGCAUAUUUUUAAGGAACCUGUUUCUCCAGCAUUUAUUCAAUUGUCUUUUUCUAGAACUACCCACCCCCACCCAAACCAUCAUGACUAAGUAUUCCCCCACUAUAACCAGCUCGCUCAAGAAAUUCAUCACUGAUUUCUACUUGACUUCAGAUGUUGCUCCACCUGCAGCCUUAACUGAAACCCGUGAUCCAUACCUCAAUUUCUUCACUGAAGAUGCCCCAUUGAUUAUGGGAUCAACCCGUGUUAAAGGACACAAUGAAAUUAUAGAGUUACGUAAGGGAAUGUGGAAGGUUGUCACUAAACGUCAUCACGUUGUUGAGAAUGUUGCUCUGGUCGAAGAUAAUAACACUCUUUUGAUCAAUGGAUAUGUUGAUUAUACUUUGAUUAAUGGUAAGAGUAUUACCAGUGAAUGGGCUGCUCGUAUGCAUUUGACCAAAGAUUUAAAGAUGGAAUUUUACCAAGUUUAUUUAGACCCUAGUCUUACUGCUAAGGCCUUGGCUGAAGAUUAAAUAGAGUAAAUAUACAAUUGAAACUUGCUAUUGUUGCAC